AGAGCGGGCUCGGGGGCGGGCCUUAAUGCUCGCGGCUCCCGCCAUCCUCCCUGGAGGAUUUAAGAGCAGCGCGGAAAGGCCGCGGUGCAAAGUGGACGGUUCCGCGGGGCUGGAUGGCUGCGUCCGGGACGCUGAGUACUUUCCGACUCCCGCCGUUGCCCACGAUUCGAGAAAUCAUUAAGUUGUUCAGGCUGCACGCCGCGAAGCAACUGUCCCAGAAUUUUCUCCUGGACUUGAGGCUGACAGAUAAAAUUGUAAGAAAAGCUGGCAAUCUGACAAACGCUUAUGUUUAUGAAGUGGGCCCUGGGCCAGGAGGAAUCACAAGAUCAAUUCUCAAUGCUAAUGUUGCUGAACUUUUGGUGGUUGAAAAGGAUAGUCGAUUUAUUCCUGGGCUACAGAUGCUAUCUGAUGCAGCACCUGGAAAACUGAGAAUUGUCCAUGGAGAUGUGUUGACAUUUAAGAUAGAAAGGGCUUUUCCAGAAAUUCUUAAAAGACCAUGGGAGGAUGAUCCUCCAAAUGUACAUAUUAUUGGAAAUCUGCCUUUUAGUGUAUCAACUCCGCUGAUUAUCAAGUGGCUUGAAAAUGUCUCUUGUAGAGAUGGACCUUUUGUUUACGGCAGAACCCGGAUGACACUGACUUUUCAAAAGGAAGUGGCAGAGAGACUGACAGCCAAUACAGGAAGCAAACAGCGUAGUCGCCUUUCUAUUAUGGCCCAGUACCUCUGCAAUGUUCAGCACAUCUUGACAAUUCCUGGUCAGGCUUUUGUCCCUAAACCAGAGGUGGACGUGGGUGUGGUGCACUUCACCCCCCUGGUGCGGCCCAGGAUAGAGCAGCCGUUCAAGCUGGUGGAGAAGGUGGUUCAAAACACGUUUCAGUUCCGAAGGAAGUACUGCUAUCGAGGGCUUGGAAUGUUAUUCCCUCAGAUUCACCGUGUGGAAAGCACUGGGAAACUGUUAGAGCUGGCAGACGUAGACCCUACCCUCCGGCCCAGCCAGCUCUCCGUCUCACACUUUAAGAGCCUGUGUGAUGUAUACCGAAAAAUGUGUGAUGAAGACCCACACCUCUUUGCUUACAAUUUCAGAGAAGAACUCAAGCAAAAUAAAAGCAAAAAUCAGGAAAAGGAGGAUGACAAGGAGAGAAAUGGACUAUAAGCAGCAUAUCAGAUGUAGAUUUCCACAACGUUGAGCUGCUCAGAUGUGCACUUUUGUCUUCUACCGAAGGAUAAUAAAAAUACGAUUACCAGAUGUGACUUAUUUCCCUUUUACUGUACAUCUUGGUAGAGAAAAUAAAUAUAAUCAAAUAAGA